GUCCAGAUUAUAUGGAUGCCAGUCUGUGGAUAUGGCUUCUGGUUUCUGCCUCGUCCAUCCUACUCGUACAUGCCGAAGUUUACAUUGCGUUGUUAGACGGUGAGCCUGUUGUUCAUAACAAGGCAACAACCAAAAUCGAUAGCUCAAGUGAUCAAGUCCAGAUUUAUUCCUCAUACUUAACCGCUCAACAUGAUUUUCUACUUGCGUCCACUUUCGGGGAGGAAUCGUACACGAAACUAUACAGUUACAGCCAUCUGCUUCAUGGAUUUGCUGUGGAUAUCACGGAGGAACAAGCAGCUAAGCUCAAAUCCACCCAGGGUGUGAAGCUCGUCACCAAAGAAAGAAUCAUGCGAGCAGUGACAACGUACACUCCAAAGCUUUUGGACCUCCAACACGGUGCGUGGCCACAACUUGGCGGCCUAAAACAUGCUGGUGAAGGAAUUGUCAUUGGCAUUGUCGACACGGGCAUCAACCCCGAUCACCCAAGCUUCGCGGGGAACUCGAAGAAGCCUUUCCGUCCAGUUCCGCACUACAAGGGAAAAUGUGUGUCCGGCCAUGGUUUUCCGGCGAGUGCUUGCAACGGGAAAGUAAUUGGAGCUCAGUUGUUCGGAAAGUCUGUGGGCUACUCCAAUGGAGAUGGCACAGCGUUCGAUGCUGACGGACAUGGAAGCCAUGUAGCGUCAACUGCUGGUGGCAACAGCGGCGUUCCGGUGGUGGUCGAUGGUGUCAACUACGGACUUGCGAGCGGAAUGGCACCUCGUGCACGGAUUGCAGUGUACAAAGCAGUUUUUGGUGAGAACGGAUAUGUUUCAGAUAUAAUUGCAGCCAUUGAACAGGCUGUUCGAGACGGAGUUGAUAUACUGAACCUGUCACUGGGCUCGGAAAAUGUAACUGAUGCGACUUCCGUUUUUAUGGACCCGUUUGAGCAAGCGCUGCUCUCUGCUGUUCACGCUGGAGUUUAUGUGGUACAGUCCGCCGGGAAUUUGGGCCCGGCCAAGGGUUCAGUCAGGAGCUUUAGCCCGUGGGUGAUGACUGUGGCCGCUGGCAACACUGGACGGCACUACAAGGCGUCAGUGCAGCUUGGAAACGGGAAGACAAUUGAUGGUCAAGGAUUAUCACGUCCGACUCCUCAACGUAAGAGCUACCCGAUUCUCAUGGCGGAGGACUCGUAUGUUGGAAGCAACUAUUCGGAAAAGAGAUGCGUCGAUUCUUCUCGAUUUAACCGGUCUCUAGUUCGCGGUACAAUUUUUGUCUGCCAAUACAGCUCCCUCGACAGCAUCAGCAUUCCAAACGUUCUCAGUGUUGCGCACGCAGCGAAGAACCUGAGUGCUGCCGGAUUCGCAAUGCUGCUGGAUCCGUCGUCCCUUUACGAUGGAUACAUGACAUCCCUAUAUUCUCUGCCAAUUCCGGGGCUCGUCAUCAACACUGUUAAUGCUAGCUCGGAGUUUCUGGAUUACUACUCCUCAGACCAAAAAAGCUGUUGCUAGGAUCAAUAAGAACUCCGUCGAAUACAACAGGACCGUCCCGAUUGUCACUCCAUAUUCGUCUCGCGGGCCUAAUCUCUUGAACAACAAGGGAGAA